GAAUUUUUCGUAAUUCGUAAUCGGCGGCGAAAAUUUUGCGUAAUUCGUAAUCACUACGCCCCCUUGCAGGCCCUCGUAGAAACCCCCUGGCCUAUAUAAAGCUAAGAUGGCGACCCUCAGGGGCAGACGACGGGUUACCCUGCCACAUGCAAGCCGCACGUUCUACCGACUACCUACUGGUGCAGACAGACCCGUGCCGACCGCACACAGCAGAAUGAAGUCCGAGGAUCGCCACAAACUCAUGAGAUACGUGGACGAGAGCGUGAUCGGGCGGGACAGGGUGUUCGCCGGCCCGUUCGGCCCACGUCAAGUUACCUACUGCGACUACACAGCUUCUGGAAGAUCACUGACUUUCAUUGAGGACUACAUUCGAGAUCAGGUUUUGCCAGUCUAUGGAAACACUCAUACCACCACCAGUGUGACUUCACUACAGACAACUCUGUACAGGCAUGAAGCAAGAGACAUCAUCCGUAAUGCAGUGAAUGCAGGUGAGCAUGAUGCUGUCAUCUUUGUGGGCAGCGGCUGUACCGGAGCCAUCCACAAACUCAUCCACUCUCUGCACAUGAAGGAACCUCCGGUUGUGUUUGUUGGCCCCUUUGAGCAUCAUUCUAAUCUGCUGCCAUGGAGGGAAAUUGGAUCCAGGGUGAUGCGAAUUGCAGAGACCAACAAAGGGCUGCUUGAUCUUGAAGACCUGGAAGCUAAGCUCAAGGCCUGGCAGUCAUGUGGCUGUCAGCUGAUUGGUGCGUUCAGUGCAGCGUCCAACGUUACUGGCAUCCUGACGGACACAGUUCAAACAUCUGUCCUCCUGCACAAGUAUGGUGCUAUCGCUGUGUGGGACUAUGCAUCUGCAGGGCCAUAUGUGGACAUUGAUAUGAACCCAGUUGUGUCCAGUGCUGAUCAAGGGCUAAGUCACAAGGACGCUGUCAUCAUAUCUCCACAUAAGUUUGUAGGGGGACCUGGAACCCCAGGUGUUCUGAUUGCCAAGAAGUCAUUGUUCCAAAAUCCUGUCCCUUCUGGCUGUGGAGGGGGUUCUGUCUUCUUUGUUUCCAGAGAGACCCAUCGAUACCUGCAGAAUGUGGAGACCCGUGAGGAGGGUGGAACUCCUGCCAUUGUGGAGUCUAUCCGAGCAGGGCUGGUCUUCCAACUCAAAGAGGCCCUAGGUUCAGACUUCAUCAUGAGAAGGGAGCAAGAGCUCUGCAAAAAAGCUUUUGACUUCUGGUCGGGAAAUCCCAGCCUGGUUGUGCUGGGCAGUACUGAGGUGCAGCGUCUGCCCAUCCUGUCCUUCAUGGUGCAGCACCAGCAGUCUGGACUCUUCCUGCACCACAACUACAUCUGUGUUCUCCUCAACGACCUGUUCGGCAUCCAGGCCCGGGGUGGCUGUGCAUGUGCAGGACCAUACGCACAGGACCUGCUGGGAAUUGAUGAGGAAUUAGCCAACAAAAUUGAGAAAUUGUUGGUAGAGGACAAGAGGCUGGACAGGGACCACCUGCGCCGGUAUAAUGAGUUCUCUGAGAGGGAGAUUCUCAGGCCAGGAUUUGCUCGGCUGAACCUGCCGUACUUUGCCACAGAUGAAUGUGUGGACUUCAUUCUUGAAGCUGUUUCCAUGAUAGCUGAGCAUGGCUGGAAACUCCUGCCACAGUACCUGUUCAAACCAGACACAGGUGAGUGGAAGAACAGGAACCACCAGGUGUUUAAGGACAGGAAGUGGCUCGGCUCCAUCUCCUACAGCACAGGUCACAUGACCUUCCCUGAGCCUGAUACAGAGAACACCAAGGCCAAACUACCCAAGAAUUACAAGGAGUGUCUGGAAAUGGCCAGGAAGGUGUUUGACAAGGCAACAUCGCUCCGACUUCAGUUACCUGACCAGGCCCUAGCCUUUGAUGAGGAGGCAGCCAGGCUGAGGUGGUUCCUGCUGCCCAGCGAGGCACAAGACUACCUGGGUAGUCCUCACAAGGACUGGCCCACCAGAGAUCCUCCUUUCACCCCCCUGAAGAGGGUGUACUCCCAGCCUGAGGCUAUAGAGGACGGGGAGACCACUCCUGCACUGAUAGAGGAGAUCAGGGACAGUCUGUCUCCCAUCGCCAUGUUAAAACCAUCCCAGGAGGAGGAUGUGGAUGAGAUAUCAGAGGAGGAGGACAAACUCAACCUGUUCAACAUGCUGAGGAACUGGAGAGGGAACAGUGGCAACCGUCGGGGCAGUGGAAGCCGUAGUUUGAACCGACCAAUCACAGACGGCCACCUCAACAGUCACAUGACCAGUAGCCACAUCGGUCACAGCGGGCAUUCUCUGUCUACCAUCCACACGCCCGGUCUGGCCUACGCUAACCACCGGCGCAACAGUGACGGCCUGGUGGGGCGUGGAGGGCUCAUCACAGGGGGUGGAACGUUUGGGACAGGCGGAGGCAGCGGCAACGUCAUGGGGACAUCUCCAGGAAGGAGGAGGGCUUCUGCUUUUGUAGUCGGCACACGAGACAUCAUCCUGCCUGAAACAGGCCAGAAACUGCCUAUGUUUGGACGUCGCAACUCUAUCGACAUGUUAGAUCUGCACAAGUGGGGGAAGAAGCUCCAGACUACCCUGGAAGGCAGCAACAGUAGUGGGGACAACGCUGACUGGGAGAUCUGGGGUUCCCUUCCCAGCAGCCGCAGCAGCAGUAUCGACCAAGGCGAUUGGUCGGCUGACAACACCAAUGAGAAGCAAAACAGCCGAAGCAGCAGUAUCGACCAAGGCGAUUGGUCGGCUGACAACACCAAUGAGAAGCAAGACAGACGAAGCAGCAGUAUCGACCAAGGCGAUUGGUCGGCUGACAACACCAAUGAGAAGCAAGACAGCCGAAGCAGCAGGAUCAACCAGGGUGAUUGGUCGGCUGAGAACACCAAUGAGAAGCAGGACAGCGGCGCUGAGUCUGUUUCUGGAAAUUGCUCCUCGAAAGAAAACAAAGAAGAAGGCACUCCUAACUACAAGAGGAGGCAGGAUAUAGAGCUCCUUGCAGAUGCUGAGAAAAAUGUCACAAGUAUAGACCCCAGGAUAAUACUAGUAACAUCAAGGGAGAAAAAGAAGACCAAAGAAAGCUUGAAUGAUGACGGUGCUUCUUCUAAAAUGAAAAAUCAGGAUGCCUGCAUAUCUGUUGAUGAGAAGGACACCAGAGGGACACUGUGUGGGACAAACCUGUGUGCAGUCAGGCAGCAGGAGGGACCCAGGGAAAGAGAUUCUGCAACCUCUGACUGUACGAAGUUUGAUGUGGAAGAUUCCUCAGAAGGAAGUAAGGUGAAGAACAAGAUUGAACAUGACCCAAACAAUCCAAGAUGGCAUUCUCCACCGAAGAGAAUAAUGAAACAGACUAUUGAGGCCAUGACAGAGUACAAUAUGAUCCGGGAUGGGGACCGGGUGUUGUUAUGCUUGUCAGGCGGGAAAGACUCUCUUUCUCUCCUCCAUGCACUCAGGCAGUACCAGUUCUUUGCCAAGAGCAAGAACAUCAAGUUUGACCUGGGAGCAGUGACUGUUGACCCGCAGACUGCAUCAUAUGACCCCAGUCCACUGAAGAACUACUUGUCCAAACUUGGUGUGCCUUACUUUUAUGAAGAACAAGGAAUCAUGGCCCAGGCUGCCUCCAUGCCUGUCUGCACCUCCAUCUGUAGUUACUGUUCCCGCAUGAAGCGAGGACGGAUCUACGCCUGUGCCCGGCGGGAGGGAUACAACGUGCUCGCCAUGGGACAACAUUUAGACGACUUGGCAGAAAGCUUCCUGAUGUCUGCGUUCCAUAACGGUCUGCUGAGGACUAUGAAGGCCAACUACACUGUCAGGGAGGAGGACUUGAGAGUUAUCCGGCCUUUUGUGUAUGUGAGAGAGAAAGAUCUUCGCAAUUUUGCAGAACAGGUAAAGCUUCCGAUCAUCCCAGAAAACUGUCCUGCCUGCUUCGAGGCUCCCAAAGAGCGUCACCGUACCAAACAGCUGCUUGCUGCACAGGAGCUGCUAUUCCCAAAACUCUUCCAGAGCCUCCUGAACAGCAUGAAGCCCCUCAUGGCCAAAAACAGGACUGGGCUGGAAUCACAGAGGGUAGGGUCUGGUCAGGAGGACAGUAUGGAUCAGGUUCCGAUGGAAGAUGGGGAGGAUUUGCUGAACAUCUAGGUUUCAGUAUGGGGAGUAGCCUGGUGUCCGGUCUAUUACAGUUUGGGCAGAUUUUCUUUGCAGAAGAUCUUUCUCGCCCGACUUAGCUAGGUUCCCUAGUAGGUUUUCAUGAUAAAAGUUAACACAUGGUGGGGCUAGUCAACUGCUGGCGUGCAAAACAGGCAAACACUCCUACUGAGCGGUCAUUUGAGCUUGGGACAGCCUGGCCCAACCAUGAUAGACUGGAUACCAGGCUAUACAUGUAUGUGGCAGCAGGAAUUACAAUGAAUGAAAAUGUGACCAGUUUGGUGAAAUGGCUGUUGUGUACUGCAAUGAUGUCUUUUUUUUUUUAAGUCUGUCAUUCUAAACAAAAGGAGCAGUGAUGGUA